UUCAGAAAUGAAGACAAACGAGUUGAACCAGAAAUGAGCUGAGAUUCACGGCAAAAAAAACAGACAGAACAGUGCGAGGACCAGCAGAGUCUGAAGUCUGGCUCAGUUUGGAAGCGUAAAGGAGUCUCCCUGAGGACCAGCCGGUCCAUGCGUGGUACACAGACCCGCACAUGGACUCGAGGAAAGCAGAAAGACAAGAGCGCUCCAAGGACCAGGAGGGUCAGAGGACAACAAGAACCUCGAGUCCAAUGCGGAUUUUCAGGGCAGACCUGAAUCACUUCAAAGAGAAUAUGUUGAAUGCCUUCAAGGACUCCAGGUCGACUCUGGAGGACCCAGAAAACACAAGCGCCCUCAGUCUGCUGAAGGAGGACUUGAACCAGUUCAGAGAGGACAUUUCCAGUGUCUUCAGGGUUACUGACAAUGCAAGCACCGACAUAAAAGAGAGCGCAGAAGAAGAACCCGGAGAAGACCAGAACCAAAGGUCUGAAGAGCUGAAGGUCCAGGAAGACGCAAAGAGGGCUAUUUUGAAACCAAGACGGAAAAAAACGGACACCAGGGACAACAACAAUGUCUUGCAGGAGACGACAUCGAGCAGCAGUGCCUCAUUGCCAGACUCUGCAGGAGACCACCAUGAAGAAGAAGAAGGACCAUCACAGAGUCUUCCUUCGGACUUUCUGGUACGCAUGCGUUGGCGUGACGGCGCCAGGCAGCCGCUGGACGGAGCCUCUGUCAAAAACUUUGCCUGUUAUUUGACCUUUGACCCCAACACGGCCAACGCCGAGCUGCGACUCAGCGAGUGUAACCGGAAGGCGACCCGGGUCUGGUCGGACCAGAGACCCGGCCAGCACUCGGACCGCUUCCUGCACUGUCCUCAGCUUCUGUGUCGCGAGGGUCUGCUGGAUGCGGCGUACUGGGAGGUGCAGUGGAGUGGCGGCGCCGAUGUGGGCGUAGCCUACAACAACAUCUCUCGGGACGGGGACGUGGCCCGCUGCCUGCUGGGCCACAACCCACGCUCCUGGAGUGUGGAAUGUUCCGCGGGAAGUUACCUGGCGUGCCACGACAACAGGAGAGUGGCACAGUGCACACCACGACCUUUCACCCACAGAGUGGGCGUGUACCUGGACUGGCCCGCAGGCUCUUUGUCCUUCUAUUGUGUCUCCAAAGAAACCAUGGUCCACAUCCACACCUUCACCUCCACCUUCACAGAAGCCCUCUACCCCGCCUUCUGGGUGUGGGCUUACCACGGCUCUGUCUCACUUUGUCAGGUGGAACUGGACUGGGAACGUCUUCUGCACUGACCUUCUUAUGUACCUUAUACACAUUCUUAUGUGCCAUCUACUGUACACCUUGUAGACAUUUUAUACACCCUAUGUACCAUCUAAUGUACAUCUUACAUACCCUGUAUACACCUUCUUAUGUACCAUCUACUGUACACCUUAUAUACCUUUCAUACACCUUCUUAUGUACCAUCUACUGUACACCUUACAUACCUUUUAUAAACCUUCUUAUGUACCAUCUACUGUAAACCUUAUAUACCUUUUAUACACCGUCUUAUGUACCAUCUUCUGUACACGUUACAUACCUUUUAUACACCUUAUGUACCAUCUACUGUACACCUUACAUACCUUUUAUACACCUUCUUAUGUACCAUCUACUGUAAACCUUAUAUACCUUUUA